AUGAUUACAGUAGACUCUAUAACGUAUUGUAAUGUAGGAGUGCAAGUCACUGAUGGUGACUUUAAGCCUGAAACAGAUUACUCGAUUGACUUAAUCCUCCUUAUGCAUUUAUAAACCAAGAGAAUAUUUACAAAAAAGAUGCUUGUCGCCAUGUUUUUUGAAAAUAUAUAUUUAUAUAAUCUAAUAAAAAUUUAAUCUAUAGAGGAAGAUUAGAAAUAAAAAGACCAACGUUCGAUUUAUCAGCUAUUUUAGUCGAGGAUAUUGAAGGAGUCGAAGAGGAAACUACGCAGAUUUCAAAAUUGCAGCAAAUGCUAUAUCAUGCCAGGCAUGAACUAGCUGAGCAAGAGAGAUUAAAUGAGCUGCAUCAAAUACAAAUAAAGUUCCUUAAACAAGAAAUCCAAGAUUUGAAUAAGAAAUUUAAAUUGAUCACAAACUUUGAGGGCGAAAACAUCUUUUUGAAUGCAAAUUUAUUAAAGGAAACAGCUAUUAAACUGAUUUCUGGGCUACCCAUGCUAAACUCUGAAGGAGAAGGGUUGAUUUCAAUAUUAUUUUCAUUGCUAGACUUAAAUGACGAGCAAUGGGAAAGUAUCAACGUGAAUAGAAGAAAAACCAAGCAAAAGGUGGUUCCAGGGUUUUGUUUAUUUUCUUAG